AUGUUGGCUGUACCGCAGCAAAAGUCGCCGAACAUGGCAGGCCCGACACCGCACAAGUUAAAACGGAAAAGGACGAACUCGAGUGAAUUGGGACCACCGCGUGGCGGCAACGGAGUCUCUUCACCGACAACUAAGGCAGAGUCCUUUCACCAAGCCAACAACGUUGCCCAGAAUAACAUGAGCGAAACGCAACAUCUUGAGCCUACGAGCAGGACACCGCCCUCUGCAACAUCCACCGAUAAUGCUAUAGUACAAACGGCUGCCUCACUGCAGCACAGUGGAGGAGAAGGAAAGAGCAUACAGGGCCAACAAUUGAAACAGCAGGGAACAGAAGGCGCAUUAGGCGCCGCAUCGAUUCACAGGAUGGAUGUCGAAACGUUGCGCCAAACGCUGGAAGCUCAGCUCAGUCUCGAAAUCCUGCUCAAGCACAACGAACUGCGCCUUAUCGAUCAGGAAAUCGCAAAAUGUCAGGUCGCUAUGGAGCAACUUCGUCGCUGCUCCGAAAUUCCGUUUCCAACCUCGAGUAUAUCCGGAAUUUCGCAAGCUGUUAGCAAUGGCACGGGAUUUGCGGUCUCACGGCCUGAAGACUGUCGACAACCGGUCUCUCCAUCUCCAUGGGGAGUUACCGAUGGCCCUUACAGUCGCCACUACGCCAGAUGGCUAUUGCCAGAUCCUCGAUUCGACGGUGGCGAACUCGAGCCUAUACCCUCUGGAAUUUAUGGUGCGGGCAAGGGUUUGAUGGAAGGUCGCACGACGCGUGGAUCGUGGGCGGAAAGUACAUCAAGGUCGCAACGAAACUCAGCCGGUGCAAAACUACAGGCCCUUUCGAGUGGUUACCCUCCACCCAAAGACAAAGCCGGACCCAUGAUUAUGAAGCGAAAAUCAGAUGGCAAAUUAGUAAAAUUGGUGUGCUUGGAUUGUCGAAGAGACAAUUUCUCAAGCACACAAGGAUUUAUUAAUCACUGUCGGAUAGCCCACAAUCGCAGCUUUGCCAGCCACGAUGCUGCCGCUGCAGCGUCGGGUGAGCCAGUAGAGGUUGACGAGUCUGGCGCGAUGAUAUGCCGGAACAACGAAACAGCUUCUAAUGCCCCUCCGGGAUACGUUCACCCUUUGAUUAGAUCUGCACAUGUUUUAGACUCCACGGCGAGGAAUGCCAUGCAAAAACGGUCCCCGUCAAACACCCAGCGUGAAGACAAGCCUGCCAGCACACCCGUUGCCAAAAGUGAGACGGCUAACGUGGAAUCCUACCCCCCGGCCAAAGCUCCUCCACCAAGCAUACGUGACUCUGCUAUGAGCCCCGACUUCAAAGCUUCACCACAGACGCCGCAUCUUUCUGCUCUAUUGCAGAAGCAGGGCCUUGGCUUAGAUCUCUUUAAUAUCGUUGGCGACGCUUUAACAAAGACAGAUAUCGCCUCAUACUCCUCCGAGGACGACUCCGAUGCGGAUGCUAUGGAUGUGGAUACUACAUCCAACGUUCAAGAAGCCCCGCCUAAUUUUCGAAGUACUCGCUUGCCAGCUCGUUCUGUGGCUGCUCCCCCGCAGACUCAGCGGCCAAGUAGCCGCAAAGGAUCUGACAAGCGUUCUCAAAAGGUGCCAUCUCUACCACCUCUAAGACAUCCCCCUUCAGCGCCAGCGGCGCACCGAUCUCCCUACUCUCCCGCUACGGCGACAAGAACGAGCCCGCGAAGUGAACGGCAGCCAGUGCCAGGUAGUGAUAUUGAGAUGGUUGAUUCGAACUCUCCUAAUCUGAGCCCAAACACUGUCGAAUCCAACCAGGCACCUAGCUUGGUCAGUGAUGACGAUGAAUAUGAGGCUCCCUCAGAAUCCGAAAGCCCGAGUCCCAGCCCAUCGGAGUCCGGCCAGGACGACAUAUCAUUUGACAAUAUUGAGGUUCAGGAUGGCUUUGAAGCGAGUGGUGACGGAUCAACAACUUCCACGACCUCCGUCAGCUACUCCGAACCUCACAAGCGCCAUUUAUCCACCGUUACGCGGCCGCCGCAAGCAAAUCCUGUGAAAACGAGAUCCAUCAAACGCAGUCGCACCAGUGGCACUGUUGAAAAUAGCAGUAUCCAGACUGAACAGAAGCGCGUCACAUUUGUCUCGCCUCCAGCCUCUCCCACGAAGGGCAAGAAAGGUGGUGCUAGGAAACCUCGCCGAAAAUAG